AUGGAUACGAAAUUUGCUUGGUCAACAACCAAAAAAGGUGAACAAGCCAUUCUAUACAAUAAUUAUUUAUAUCAUUUAAAACGUGAAAAUAAGAACACUUCAUCACUUUAUGUCUGCACUUUUAAAUCGUGCUCUCGCUCUAUUACAUUGAAAAAUAAUGUAAUUAUAAAAUCAAAUGAUGAAAAUCAUAAUCAUGAACCGAAAUUAUCAGAAAAUGUUCAAAGAGUAUUUUGUGGAUUGAAACGUCGAGUAUUAGACGAUGUAGAUCAGCCUAUUACUAUUUCUCAUCGCUAUAUCUACAUUAUAAAAGAUACUAAAGAUAGUAGUGAUGAAGAAUAA